AUAUCUGUUACAGGUAAGUCGAAGAGGUAUUGUGGAAAGGUGAUUAGACGAGACAUGAACCAGUUUUAGCUUAUCGAUGAUAUGACCAUAGAUUGGAGGUUGUGGAGUACACGAAUUAGGGUAGAAGGUUACAGAGAAGUUAAUAGAGCAUUGUAUCGUUUAUCCUUCAAUACUAGUAGUCUUGGACCCUUGUGGGUCGGCCCUUCUCUGACCUCGCGUAUAGCAAGAGCUUUAGUGCACCAGGCUGCCCUUACUAGUACCCUUGUUGUUUAUUUUACUUUGAUUUUCGCAUUAUUUACUAUAGUUAUUGUGCAGACUGAUUUGUCAUGCUUUCUUAUAGUAUUUUCCAUGGCUUCUUCACUUCCGUUAUUUCUUUUUCUAUUUUUCCUUGAGCCGAGGGUCUAUCGAAAACAACCUCUUUACCUCCAAGGUAGGCGUAAGAUCUGCGUAAACUCUACCAUUUAUGUAACGUCAUUCCACAAGAAAGGUUAGCCAAUUGUCAUUUGAUAUUUCUAUAACUCUUGAUUUGAAAAUUAUUUUUUAACUUUAUGAUGUUAUUAAUCAGAAUAGCUAACAUAGAAAAGUAGCAGUUGACUCUGAAGUCUUCACAGUAAAUCCAAAACUCACAUUACAUGUCAACAAACACCAAUUGGUUUUCUUCUGCAUAUAGCUAUGUUCAUGAUUUGUUGUUCAACAAAUCAUAUUUCCUCUUGCUAUGGCUAUUACCUUUUCUUAUUUUCUUGUAAUAUUGCUUCUUUUUGUCUUCCCUUUACAUAAUUUAGCUCAAAAUAAUGGUAGAGUAGCUACUAGUAGUUCUAUUAGUGCAACAGAUGACAGUACCCCGUGGCUUUCACCAUCUGGUGAUUUUGCAUUUGGUUUCAAAAAAGACCAAGAAAACAAUGAUCAGUUCUUGCUUUGUAUAUGGUAUGCAAAUAUACAAGAAAACACUAUAGUAUGGCAUGCUAAUAUGAGUGAUUUAGUGCCACAAGGAUCAAGAUUAAAUCUUGAUCCUCAAAGAGGUCUUAUACUUAAUGAUCCUCAAGGGAAUACCCUUUGGAGAACUGAUUUGGUUUCUAGUAAUGUUGAUCAUGGAUUCAUGAAUGAUACUGGAAACUUUGUUGUAAUGGGAAGUGAUUCUAGUGAUCCAUUGUGGGAAAGUUUUGGAAAUCCAACUGAUACUUUGUUGCCAAAUCAAACACUGGAAAGAGGAAGCUUCCUUGUUUCUCGAAAGUCAGAAUCUAAUUUCACUCAAGGUAGGUUUUAUCUUCGGAUGGUUGAUAAUGGGAAUUUGGUUCUUGUUACACAAAGUGUGCCUUCCAAUAAGGAUUAUGAUGAUGAGUAUUAUAACAGUCAAACUUCUGACUCAACAAGUGCAACAAAUUCUGGAGACAAGUUAGUUUUCGAAGAGAAUGGCGUGAUGUAUGUAUUGAAGAGAAACAAUCAGAGGCAAGAUCUUACUCCCCGAUCCAUUCCAUCAGCUUCGCAAAAUUACCAUCGUGUGACUCUUAGCUUUGAUGGAGUUCUUAGUCAUUAUUAUCAUUCCAGGAUUUCGAAUAACAGUGGCUGGAACAUUUUAUGGUCUCAACCAGAUAAUAUAUGCAUCGGAAUUGAUGGAAACAAUGGACCUGGUGGUUGUGGUUACAACAAUGUAUGCAAUCUUGGUACAAACAAUAAACCAGUUUGUAAAUGUCCACAAGGAUAUUCACUGGUUGAUCCGAACGAUGCUUAUGGCGACUGCAAACCAGAUUUUUCUAUAAGUUGUGAUGAAGUUGGGAGGGGUUCACCUGAUGAUUUUUACAGAUUUAUCACAAUUCGUGAUACUGAUUGGCCGAAAUCUGACUUCCAGCAAAUUAGCCCUUCAACUGAACAAGAGUGCCAAAGUGCUUGUUUGAAUGAUUGUUUUUGUGCUGUUGCCAUUUAUAGAAGCGAUACUUGCUGGAAAAAGAAGCUGCCGCUGUCGAAUGGGAGAAUAGACACCAGUCUGAAUUCAAAAGCUUUUAUGAAAAUAAGGAAAGAUGGUAUUCCUCCUUUAAGUCCUGGCCUUCCUAAUCCAUCAUCUCGUCGAAGCAAGAGUUGGAAAAAUUGGGCAAUUACAGCGUCCGCGCUCUUAGGCAGCUCUGUGUUGGUAAAUGUUCUUUUCAUCAGUGUAUUCUGUUGGGGAUUCUUCCACAUUUACAGUAAGAAAGUGAAGACUUCACUCCCUACGAGUUAUAUGGCAGACUCUAUCUGUCAUAGUUUUACAUACAAAGAACUCGUAGAAGCCACGAAAGACUUCAAGGAAGAGCUAGGCAGGGGUGCAUUUGGGAUUGUCUAUAAAGGGGUAAUGCCCAUCGGUUCAAGAAACGUAGUAGCUAUAAAGAAGCUGGAUAGAGUUGCUCACGAGGCAGAGAAGGAGUUCAUGACUGAAGUAAAUGUGAUUAGUCAGACUCAUCACAAGAAUUUGGUCCGUCUGAUUGGAUAUUGUAACGAGGGACCUCAUCGUUUGUUGGUCUACGAGUAUAUGAGUAAUGGAACUCUUGCAAGUUUUAUUUUUGGUGAUCCGAGACCUACGUGGAGCCAGAGGACGAAUAUUGCAAUGGGGAUCUCAAGGGGACUUGCAUACCUCCAUGAAGAGUGCAGUACACAGAUUAUCCAUUGCGACAUAAAGCCUCAAAACAUUCUCCUCGAUGAUUAUCAUGUUGCACAAAUAUCAGAUUUUGGAUUGUCUAAACUGAUGAGGAUUAACCAGAGUCGAACGCUUACUAAUAUUAGAGGAACACGAGGUUAUGUUGCACCAGAAUGGUUCAGGAAUAGUCAGGUCACCGUUAAGGUAGAUGUUUACAGCUUUGGUAUACUGCUACUAGAGAUCAUCACUUGUCGGAAAAAUUAUGAGACUGAAGAAAGCUACGGACAAGAGGCGAUUCUUACAGAUUGGGUUCUGGAUUGCUUUCAAGAAGGAAAAUUGGAAGCUCUUGUUGAUGCUGAUUCUGAGGCCUUGAAUGACAAGAAGCAACUCGAGAGGUUCGUGAUGGUUGGUAUUUGGUGCAUUCAGGAGGAUCCAUCGACAAGGCCUACUAUGAGGAAAGUUUCUCAAAUGCUUGAAGGAUCUGUUGAAGUGACUACUCCACCAUGUCCAUAUAAUUUUAGCAUUACUAUUUAAGAUCAUAAGCCUCAUUUAUGCGCAAUUUCCUCCUCUGUGUCCUUUUUUCAUUCGAGUACUCUAGUUAUAUUACUUACCUUCAUGUUUAAAUUGUAUAACUUUCUGAUAUACUGUAGUACAUGAAAUAGUUCAGUAUACCACUGUUCUUAGGUACUUCCAUUUAAUCUAACUUUGUGAUGAAGGUCAUUGAUCAUCAUAGAUUGUAUGUCUAUGAGUUCUUGAAUAAUGGGAAAUUAUGAAGUUUCACUUUUUCUGAAUCUAACUUAUAUUUGCGCGA